UUAGCAUUCUUGCGUACAAAAACGUAAAGUGGUGCAACAACAAUAAUAAAUAUAAAUAUUAAAUAUAUGAAAUUUUGUUAGAAAAUUAAUUAUAACUACAUAUACUUAAAAAAACUCUAAUUUUGUAAAAAAUAUAGUAAAAAAAAAAAUAUAUAUAAAUCAUGGAUGAUAAAUGCGUCAUAACAAAGCUUCCUCAUCAUGUACAACAAAAAUUGUGUCAUACACGACCUCCUUAUAGACAAGGGAAAAGAUUGACGUCUGUGAAGGUUUAUACGAUAAAUGAUGAAUCAAAACACUUAAUGAUAUGUGGAGUACCAAAACUCCAAUUAGGUGAUGAAGUGAGAAAGCUUGUUGAACCUUAUGGUAAUAUUAGAAAGAUACAUGUAGUGUCUGAUUAUCCCACAGAGGAAUUUACAGAAGCAUAUUAUGUACAAUAUGAUCGUAUACAAAAUGCAAGAAUAGCAAAACGAUUCAUUGACGGCAAAAAUUUUUAUGGAGGUUCACUACAUGUUUUUUAUGCACCUGAACUUGAAAGUGUCUCAGAAACUAGAGCUAAGCUCCUUCAACGUCGAAGAGAAGUAGCUAUACGUAUAAGAAAAAAUCAACAGGAUGUAUCGAAUCCAAAUACUGAUAAAUUUGUUCCAAAAGAACAGUAUAAUAGAAGGAAAAGAACACCUGCUUUACCACUGACAGAAGAGCGCCUCUGGCAACAAUAUCCUGGAGAAACAUUAUUUUCCAUUUAUGAUGGUAUACCACAAAGUCUAGAUCCAAGGCCAAUAUGUGAACCUAGUCUACCAUCAACAUCAUCUGCAUAUCAAGAGGAUACUGCAUCUAAUUCAUUGCAAAGUCCCUAUUAUCCGACUGAAGCUAUUAUUGUUCAAGCAAGUGAAUUUAAAGAAACUACAUCAAAAUUGGAUUGUGUAAGAAACAAAAAAAGAAAUUACAAGGGACAGUCUAUUAAUAAUAAUAUCAAAGUUAGAGUUGUCAAGCCACAAAUUGUCGAUACAAGUGCUAUAACAAGAUGGGAUACUUCAAAUAAGAAUAUAUUUUCUAAUCCAAAGAAACCUCAGAAUAAUAUAAUUAUCAAAUUAAUACCAAAAAGUGAAAAUGAGAAAAAAAGGAUUGUAAUAAAAGAUCCAAGUGUUACCCAGUUAGUACAACGAAGUGAAAAUCUGCAGUUGUCAAUUGAAAAAGCCAAAUCUCAGGUACGAGCAGCGAUGCAAAUGAACAACAAGGAAAAUCCAUGAUUUCAUAUCAAGACAAAUAAUAAAAAGUUCAUUCAAAGGAUUAUUUAUUUUAUAUCAAUUAGAUACGCACUAUUCCGAUCGACUUACACUUAUGUUUAUAAUUAAUUUUUACAAUUAUUUGAAUUUGUUUAAAAAAUAUAAAAAAUAUAAACUAUG